GAUUUCAAGGUGGGGAACCUCCUGGGGAAGGGCUCCUUCGCAGGAGUCUACAGAGCAGUGUCCCUGAAAACCGGUCUGGAAGUGGCUAUCAAAAUGAUAGAUAAAAAAGCUAUGCACAAAGUUGGAAUGGUUCAGAGGGUUCAAAAUGAGGUGAAAAUACAUUGUCAGCUAAAACAUCCAUCUAUACUUGAGCUUUAUAACUAUUUUGAAGAUAGCAACUAUGUGUAUUUGAUACUUGAGAUGUGUCACAAUGGUGAAAUGAGCAGAUACAUAAAGAACAGGAAGAAACCCUUUUCAGAAGAAGAAGCCCGACACUUCUUGCAUCAAAUCAUCACAGGUAUGCUGUAUCUUCAUUCUCAUGGAAUCCUGCACCGGGACCUCACCCUGUCUAAUAUCUUACUCACCAGUAACAUGAAUGUCAAGAUUGCUGAUUUUGGACUAGCAACUCAGCUGAAAAUGCCUCAUGAAAAGCAUUACACCAUGUGUGGAACUCCAAAUUACAUUUCUCCAGAGAUAGCCACAAGGAGUCCACAUGGACUUGAAUCUGAUGUGUGGUCUUUGGGCUGCAUGUUUUACACUCUUCUCAUUGGAAAGCCGCCUUUUGACACUGACACGGUCAAGAACACGCUGAAUAAAGUAGUGUUGGCAGACUAUGAAAUGCCAGCCUUUUUAUCUAGAGAGGCACAAGACCUUAUACACAGGCUGCUCCGCAAAAAUCCAGCAGACCGUCUGAGCCUUUCCUCAGUGUUGGAUCAUCCUUUUAUGUCCAGGUGCAGCUCCGCACGGAGUAAAGAUUCGGGAACCUCAGAAGAUUCUAUGGACAGUGGAAACGCUACAAUCUCCACAACGUUCACAGGCUCUUCCAGUAUCAGUACCAGUGGCUGCCUGAAGGAAAAGAAGAAGCUGUUAGUUGGACAGCCGCUGCCCAAUAAAAUCACUUUUUUCCCUAAGAACAAGAGCUCCAGUGCUGCUUCAUCGGUGGAUGGAAGUGGUUCGUUCCAUCAGUGGGGAGUCCAGGGGCAGGAGGUGGUUGCCGGCGGCAGGGGCAGGGCCGUGCAGCUCCCCGAGGAGAGGCCCCACUCGCGCUACCUCCGCAGGGCCCACUCCUCAGACAGGUCUGGCACGUCCCACGGCCAGGCUCAAGGCAUGGGCAGUGCUGUGGAGAGGUGUCGCUCUGUGGAGCUGCUUGCUAAGCCCCUAGCAGGAACCAGGGAGAACGCAGAACGCUUUUCACCUGCCGGCAGCUAUACCGACAUAGGAGAAAUAUUUAAGGAGAAGACUUCUAGCAGUUCUGGUUCUUUUGAAGGGCAAAUAUCUCCUCCUGUAAAAGACCAACCACACUCAAAUUAUCCCUGCCCGGUGAAGCCCCAGGGUGGUUUCUUAGAGCAGAAGUCUCAGGCUGAAACAAUGCAGCAGUGGCUCGGAGGCAUGCAGACAAACGUUGCGCUGAGGCCACCUGCAGAGCUGCCUGGCAGGAGUAAUGCACACGGAGGCUUUCGCUACCAUUUGGAUGUCCAGCAAGAUGCAUCAAGAAAUGCGUGGGACACCUUAAAAGACAUCAGGAACCAUGAUGCAUCAGUUGACUACCCACAUUCUUUGAACCAGAAAAACCCAAAGCAAUACAUGCCUGGAGUUUUUUGCAAAUCUGAGAAAAUUCAACAGUCUUCUUCUACAUGUGGCCUUUGGUCAUCUUCAGAACAAAACCAAACGUGGGGCAAAGGACCACCAGCACACCAGAAACCUGUGCUGCGAAGUAUAGUAUCACCACUCGAUGCCCGCAGGCUAAAACCAAUCAGGCAAAAAACAAAGAAUGCAGUGGUGAGCAUUCUAGAUACUGGGGAAGUGUGUAUGGAGUUUCUAAAAGAACACCAUUCACAAGAACUUGUGAAAGAAGUUCUCAGAAUAUCUUGUGAUGGAAAUGUGGUUGCAGUGUAUCAUCCAAAUGAAGGAAGAGGUUUCCUUCUUGAUGACAGACCUCCUGCUCCUCCUGAAGAGCUCUGUAUGUAUAAUUUGGACAACUUGCCAGAGAAGUACUGGAAAAAAUACCAGUAUGCAGCCAAGUUUGUGCAGUUGGUAAGAACAAAAACCCCCAAAGUUACGUUCUACACAAGAUACGCCAAGUGCAUGUUGAUGGAAAAUUCACCCACUGCAGAUGUUGAAAUUUGUUUUUAUGAUGGAGCAAAGAUACACAAGACAGCUGGUAUAACUCGUGUGAUUGAAAAAUCCGGGAAAGUUUUCACUUUGAAAGGAGAAAGCGAAGCAGGUUUGAAGAAGGAAAUAAAAGCUUACAUGGAUCAUGCAAACGAGGGACAUCGUAUAUGCCUUGCGUUGGAAUCUGCUGUUUUGGAAGAAGAAAAAAGGAGUGGAAGUGUUCCAUUUUUUCCAAUAAUUGUUGGAAGAAAACCUGGCAACAUGGAAUCGCCGCAGGCUGUAGCACCUCCACUGUUGGAAAAGAUGAACUGUACAAAAGAAGUCAUGGAGCUGGAUAGAAAUACAGCUGCCAGUCCUACUCCAGUUCUAACUCCAAACGUGGUGUCGUAUGAAAAGUCUGCAUUUAUGACUAACACUGCUGAAACUACGUGCUCCCCUGCUCAGCAAACUGAAUACAGUCCAAAUUCAGCCCAACUUUUAAAAUCUGUCUUUGUGAAAAAUGUUGGUUGGGCUUCUCAGCUGACCAGUGGAGCAGUGUGGGUUCAGUUUAAUGAUGGGUCCCAACUGGUAGCCCAAGCUGGUGUUUCUUCUAUCACUUAUACAUCUCCAGAAGGCCAGACAACCAGGUAUGGAGAAAACGAUAAGUUGCCAGAAUACAUCAAAGAGAAGCUGCACUGUCUGUCCUCUAUUCUUGUGAUGUUUACCAAUCCAGCUGGUCCCCACUGA